CUACUUUGUCAGUCACCCCGCUCCUCCUCCUCCGCCGCCGUCGUUUCUCCGUCGAGGAGCUGCUCCUUUUCUUUCACUGAUCGCCUUUAAUACAUCUUUUUGUGUUUUUUCGUGCGUUGAAAGAUGGCCGCAGGUCCUCUCUCUGUCUCCUCGAACGCGUCCACAAACAACGAUGGCAUCCUCAUCGGUGACAAAGUGUACUCGGAGGUUUACCUCACCAUCGAUAACUCGCUCAUCCCGGAGGAGCGGUUGAGCCCGACUCCGUCAAUGCUCGACGGCCUCGACCUGAACACCGAGACAGACCUCCGCAUCCUCGGCUGUGAGCUCAUCCAGUCGGCUGGGAUUCUCCUCCGACUACCGCAGGUCGCAAUGGCAACGGGGCAAGUGCUGUUCCAUCGGUUUUUCUACUCCAAGUCCUUCGUCAAGCACAGUUUUGAGAUUGUUGCCAUGGCUUGUAUCAACUUGGCCUCCAAGAUUGAGGAAGCACCCAGACGAAUACGAGACGUCAUCAAUGUUUUCCACCAUCUGAGACAGAUGAGAGGCAAAAAGACUCCAAGUUCAUUGAUACUUGAUCAGAACUACAUAAAUACCAAAAACCAAGUCAUCAAAGCGGAACGGCGGAUCCUGAAGGAACUGGGCUUCUGUGUGCAUGUCAAGCAUCCUCACAAGAUUAUCGUCAUGUACCUUCAAGUCCUUGAAUGUGAGAAGAACCAGACACUGGUCCAGACCGCCUGGAACUACAUGAAUGACACCCUGAGGACAAAUGUGUUUGUGAGAUUCCAAGCCGAGACUAUCGCCUGUGCCUGCAUAUUCCUCGCUGCCCGAGCCCUGCAGAUACCGCUGCCAUCCAGACCUAAUUGGUUCCUGCUGUUUGGAGCCAGUGAGGACGAAGUGAAAGAGGUCUGCAUCACCACCCUAAAACUCUACACCAGGAAGAAGCCCAACUAUGACCAUCUGGAGAAGGAGGUGGAGCGGAGGAAGGUGUUCUUGGCAGAGGCCAAGCUGAAGUUCAAAGGCCUGAACCCUGAUGGUACCCCUGCACUGUCCACACUGGGUGGCUUCUCUCCUGCUUCUAAACCCUGCUCCCCAAGUGUGGCAAAGGUGGAGGAGAAGUCCCCAAAUCCCCAGACCCUCAAACCAAUUAAGAAGGAGCCAGACAACCGGACUCAGGCCAACAAGAGUCCCCACAACGGCUUAAGGAAAGACGUGAAGAUCGGGAGGAACAGCAGGAGCGGAAGUCGAUCUCGUUCAAGAACGCGUUCCCGGUCUAGAUCCCGCUCCCCUCGCAGACAUUACAACAGCAGACGCAGUCGCUCAGGUACCUACAGUUCUCGCUCACGUUCCCGCUCUCACAGUCGCAGUCCAUCGCCACGGCGACAUCCGCCCUCACCCCUCCUCCCCCACCUCAAGUCCAAGACCGGCCACCACGGCAAUAGCGACUCCAAGCCCAGCGGGCGCCACAGCAACAGUGGAGGCGGAGGAUCCGGUCACAAGAGGAAGCGCUCACGUUCUCGGACGCGGUCCCGCACUCCGGUGAAAGUAGACCGGGAACGGGACAGAGAGAGGGAACGAGAGAGGGACAGAGACCGCAGUUCCUUCGACCUCUCUACAAAGAAACACAAACACGAGAGAGGAGCUAGUCAUCGAGGAGACAGGAGAGAGAGGGAGAGGUCUCGGUCCUACGACAGGGACAGAGAGAGGGAGCGUGGCCACAAGAGCAAACACCACAGCAGUAGUGGGCACUCAGGACAUAGCCGUCACCGCCGCUGAGACAACACACAGACAGACACAGGCUAGCUCUAGGACUGAUAGUCACUGACGUAUUUUCAGUAUACUCAAAACAAAACCAGAUAUGGCGUGUUCUCUUAUUGCUGUUGAAUACAGUUGACUGUCAGCAAAUCUCUGUUUGACUCCUGGUCUGUUUAUUUAAUGAAGUCAUGUAAACACUUGCACUACAACUAAUAUAAAAGUAGACCAAAUAUCUGCAACUUGUCAGAUGACUUUGCUGACAUGUCUUUGGGAGUUGGUGACAAAGAACUUUCCAGCAUGUCAAAGCCAAAUGCUGCACCUCUGCCAUGGUUGAGAGAACUUGCCUAGUUUGGUUUCAUUUUGGGUAUAUUACCAGUCUAAUACCAACAUAGUUGGGUGUCUGGGUUUCUCAUAUGCAUCCUGAAAAUUACCAUUUAAACCGUAUGAUUUACAGGAAUGUUGUUGGCAUAAGCCAAAUAACAAAACAUUUAGUUUUACCUCAGCAUUGGAGGCCUAAAUCCUACACAUAGCUUCUGCAUGUACGAAUGUCUUGGUGAUAGAAUAAUUUGACUCUUCUACACAACAGCACACCUGUAGCUGAUAUUUGGCAGAGGUUGUUGAUGUUGUGUUAUUAAAGAUUGAACGUGUGCAUCUGAGGAACCCAGGCUGCAGCAGUAUGUACCAGCAUUAAGUGGACUGUUUGUUAGGUUUACUAGCCUUUUUUAUCCACCCAGGUCAGACAUGAUCAGUGGUUGAGCGAAGGCACCAAUGCAGUGUGACAUCAGUCCCACACCUGUCCUCUCCACCUAUAGGUUUUUCUUCAUUUUCCCAUGAUACCUCCCCCCCACACACACACCCACCAUCUCUCUAGCCUACCCUUAUGUUCUUAGUUUUACAUGUAAAGUUAUGGACUUUGGGAAAAAGAAACUUAUUUACAGUGUAAAGAUGGAUCGGUAUCUGCUGACAAAAUGUGAACGCUUUGAUUUAUAAAAGCGAACUGCUCAGUGGAACGAUUGAGUGAACAAAUGUAAAAGAAAUGCGAUCAUUCAGGAAAGAUCAAUAUGUUUGCACAUUAAGGGACUGGUGGGCAAGUGUUUUUUUUGUUAACUUUUAUUUUUUUUUGGACAGAUAUAUGUUGCUGAAGCUGUUUUGUACAGUUUCAAAAAAGCUGACUGGUAAUAGACUAUGUUUUUCUUUUCUUUUUUACAGCAGGGGAUGCAGACUUGAAUUCAUAAAUUUUAGGGUUGUCAAUUUGUUACACUGGUUUUUAGUCUGCACGUGUUCAUGUCCAAUUUUUAUUCAAUAAAUGAGUUAUGCCACUGAA